AUGGCAGUAGCGUUAUGGUAUACCCCUAGAAGAAAUAGUAAGUUAUACCAGCAAUUGAAAACCGUAAUGUUGUCAUUACAAACGUUAUUCCCUGAUGCACCAAAAUUAUUAAUACCACACAUUACUAUAACGUCCAAUUUGGAUGAAAGUAAAGUAAACGAUAUUUUAAACACAAGUUAUAUAGCAUUUAAUUCAAUUAAGGGCAAAUUUAGGUCUGAAGAUGGUACCAAUAUGAACACUACCGAUGAUAAUGCAGGCAUAGAUAGAGAUAAUAUAGAAAGUAUAAAUUUUAUUGAAUUUGAUAAAAUAUCUGUAGGAAGCAAAUAUUUCCAAAAAAUCAGAAUGGAUUGUAUUAAAAAUAAGUACUUGUUUAGUAUAGUGCAGAUCAUCCGAGAAAUGUAUUUAGAAAAGGAGCAAACAAAUGGUGAAAAUAAUAUGGAAACAAAUAGUGAUUGGGUCAUUGAAAACUAUCAACCCCAUUUGUCCUUAGUUUACAGUGAUAUGUAUCCCGUUUCCAAAGCAUUGUUACUAAAUAUAUAUCAAAGAUUGCAAGAUGCAUUAGAUAUUGAGAUUAACAUAAAUACUGGAGAAAUAUUGCAUUCUGGUAGUGACAAUGACUUCAUUUUUGGUUCAUAUGGCUGGAAUUAUCCAGGUAGUUUCAUGGUGGUUAAAUGUGUUGGACCAGUUGAUGGAUGGAAAAUAUUAGGAAGUAUUGAUGUGUAG